AUGGGUUUUGGUGGCGUGGUUCUCCGGUUUUUCAACCUCGCCAUUCGCGUGCUCCAGUUCUUGGAUGCAGCCGUUAUCCUCGGUAUUUUCUCAUACUUCCUGGCGGUCCAAACUCGCCAUGACCAGACCAUCCCGCAAUGGAUGAAAGCGACCGAGGGUCUCUCGGGCGCAGCCACUCUCUACGGACUAUUAGGCAUCCUCUUCACCUGCUGCCUGGGCGGAAUCGCUUUCUUUGCCGCUCUGGCCGUCAUCCUCGAUGUCUGCUUCGUCGGAGCCAUGGUUGCCAUCGCCGUGAUGACCCGCGACGGCACCCAGAAGUGUACCGGUAACGUGAAGACACCGCUCGGGAACGGCAACAGCGACGACGAAUCUGCUUCCAACGUGACCUACGGGUUCGUCUGCGAAUUACAAAAAGUGGCAUUUGCUGUCUCGAUCAUUGGAAUCUUUUUCUUCCUGGUCUCGAUCCUCUUUCAAGUCUUGUAUGCACGCCACCACAAGCGCGAGAAGCGCUUCGGUCCCUCGCCGGCAAACGGAUACACCUACGGCACUCAAGGCAAGAGCCUCUUCCGUCGGAAUAAGAAGAACAACCCCGAAACCGCCAGCGGUGAUGACAUUCUUCCCGGCCACCCUACGCCGCAUGAUGUGGAAUUAGGCACCCCUGAGGAAAAGCCAGGGCUGCUGGGCCGGAUGUUCUCGCGGAAGAAGUCGAACGCCAACGCUCCUGGAUACGGCAAUUCCGCUUACACCGGCAACUACUAG